GUUUCCACAACUGGUGCUGGGAACCGCGAAUGGCUCCCCAGGGAGCGCGGGCGGGCUGGCAGGCGGCUGCUGGCCCAGCGGCCAGAGCCAGGGAGGCAGGUGCAGGCGAGAAGCCGCGCUCCCGGAGGGAGAAGAGCUCAGCUGCUAACACAACUCCUCCUGGACCAGUGGAGUCAGACUUCACGUGUGGACUAGACCCAUCAAAGGAAGGCUGCUGCGUAACCAGCUAAGUUCAACCGGAGAUGUACUGAGAGCCUCAGGAGGUGAGAACCAGAGAAAGAAGGGAGAAGAAAAUGGAGAGUGAGUGACAGUCAGACUAGAUAGAAGGCGAAUUUGGCACAGGUCAUGCUGCCCGCCUCGCCCACUGAGUCCACUACACCCCACGUAUCCACACCCCCAUAGAAGACUCUGGGGGAGGCCUGCGAGGAUUCAGUCCCCUUCUGUACAGGAAGAAAUAUAUUUCUCUUUCUGAAGGGAUUUAGAAUUUGGUGACUCCCUCCUCUGCUUUUUGAACUUUUCCUUAGGUGCCCUACUGGCAGGAGUCUCUCUCUCUCUCUCUCCAUACCCCCCUCCCUCUCUCUCUCCCCAAGGGUCAUCUGGUCACUCUCCUUCACGCUACACUCACUCCCCCCCCCCGACCCGUACGCUCCCCUAAAUAAUCAUCCCGGGCAUCUCCAUUGCUAAAUUGGGAGGGGCUGCCUCCGGGGUCCUGGCUCCAUAGCCCAAGCCCUGGGCAGCACCUGAUCUUUUUUCCUGGGCGCGCCUUUAACUGGGGACAGGAGCCUGAGGGGUCGGGGGAGGAGGGGGAGAGAAUAGGGGUGUGCCGGUGGGAGGCACCCGAGGGGAAAUCCCUCCUGCCAUCCAGGGCCCAGCUCUUAGGGAACCCAGGCUUCCGGCCCGCCCACAACUUGGCUGCGGAGAUGGAGGAGCCUCUAUGUGGCCGGUCGCCGUCGGACUCGCCGCUGUCCAGCUGCUCCCUGACCUCCCUGGAAUCCAGCGUCUUCUGCAGCGAGGGCGAAGUGGAGCCCCUGAGCCUGGGAGACUGCUUCACGGUCAACGUGGGUGGCAGCCGCUUUGUACUCUCGCAGCAGGCGCUGUCCUGCUUUCCGCACACGCGCCUGGGCAAACUGGCCGUAGUGGUGGCCUCGUGUCGCCGCCGCGGAGCCCUGGCCGCGGUGCCCAGUCCUCUAGAGCUCUGCGAUGACGCCAACCCGGUGGACAAUGAGUACUUCUUUGACCGCAGCUCGCAGGCAUUCCGCUAUGUCCUCCACUACUACCGCACGGGUCGCCUGCAUGUCAUGGAACAGCUGUGUGCACUCUCCUUCCUCCAGGAGAUCCAGUACUGGGGCAUCGAUGAGCUCAGCAUUGACUCCUGCUGCAGAGACAGAUACUUCAGAAGAAAGGAGCUGAGUGAAACUUUAGACUUUAAAAAAGACACAGAAGAUCAAGAAAGUCAACAUGAGAGUGAACAGGACUUCUCACAAGGACCUUGUCCCACUAUCCGCCAGAAGCUAUGGGACAUCCUAGAGAAACCUGGGUCUUCUACAGCUGCCCGAAUCUUUGGGGUCAUCUCCAUCAUCUUUGUAGUGGUGUCUAUCAUCAAUAUGGCCCUGAUGUCAUCUGAGUUAAGCUGGCUGGAUUUGCAACUUCUAGAAAUCCUGGAAUAUGUCUGCAUUAGCUGGUUCACUGGGGAGUUUGUCCUGCGUUUCUUGAGUGUGCGAGAUAGGUGCCGCUUCCUGAGAAAGGUGCCAAACAUCAUAGACCUCCUUGCAAUCUUGCCUUUCUACAUCACUCUUCUGGUAGAGAGCUUGAGUGGGAGCCAAACCACACAGGAGCUGGAAAAUGUUGGGCGCAUCGUCCAAGUGUUGAGGCUGCUCAGAGCUCUGCGCAUGCUCAAACUGGGCAGACAUUCCACAGGACUGCGUUCACUUGGGAUGACAAUCACUCAGUGUUAUGAAGAAGUCGGCCUGCUGCUCCUAUUUCUGUCUGUGGGAAUUUCGAUAUUUUCAACUGUGGAAUACUUUGCUGAACAAAGCAUCCCUGAUACAACCUUCACAAGUGUCCCUUGUGCAUGGUGGUGGGCCACAACAUCCAUGACUACUGUGGGGUAUGGGGACAUUAGGCCAGACACUACCACAGGCAAAAUCGUGGCCUUCAUGUGUAUAUUAUCAGGAAUCCUUGUUUUGGCCUUGCCUAUUGCUAUUAUUAAUGACCGCUUCUCUGCUUGCUACUUCACCUUAAAGCUUAAGGAAGCAGCUGUGAGACAGCGUGAAGCUCUAAAGAAGCUUACCAAGAAUAUAGCCACUGACUCAUAUAUCAGUGUUAACUUGAGAGAUGUCUAUGCCCGAAGCAUCAUGGAGAUGCUAAGACUAAAAGGCAGAGAAAGAGCAAGUACCAGGAGCAGUGGAGGAGAUGAUUUCUGGUUUUGAAUUCCCUUUCAAUAUAAAACUUGUAUAAAACUAACUUUAUUGAGGAAGCCUGGAUAUCUGGAUAUCUGUAUUAUGAUGAUGAGACUCUUUUGAAUAUUACCUUUAUUUUUGCUGGUACAUUGCUUACUCUUUUAGAAUAAUUUAUAUCCAAUCCCAACAACUUCAUAUUGUGUCCAUAAAUUUCAGAGUCAAAAAUAGACAACUAACUCAACCCCCCCAAUGCAAAUGGGCUGGAGUAUACAUGUAUUAAUCAUCAAAUGUGACAUAAUGAUAUGAUGACAUAUACAGCCAAGUCAAAGGGUUUAUGUAUCUCUAAAUUUAAAGUGACUUGAAAAAAAAUAGAAAUUAAACUGUGUAGAACCAGAAAAAAAAAUGUAACUGAACAUUUAAGAACACACUAACAACUGUCAUGUGAAGUUAGUCUCCAGGUCAAUAAAUCACUCACUUCUCUCAGUUACCCUUAUAAGAGAAAACCCUGAUUUGAUGGUCAUAGAUUAUGCCCUCACGUGCAAGCCUUUGUUCCCAAAUCUGCUGACACUGGGUUACAACAUUGCUGGAAUUCAGGUAAGGAUCUCCAAGCCAGUUAGACUGAAGGAUAGCAGUGUUGCACAAACACUUGGAGAAAUGCAUAACUUCAUUCUCCCUUCUGAAUAUAGUAUGUGGAAUACAGAAUAUAUUUAUAAAUACUCCAUGAAAUUCAGAGCGUACAGAAAAAUCCUAUUGCUGAAAUAUGUAUGCAAGUUUAUCUUUUAAAUCAUGGAAAUAUCAAGAUUAAGUAGUAAACAUCCUAUCUGUAUAUGUUGAUAGAUAUUACUAAUCUUGUUUUAUAAAAUGAGAAUGAGGGGGCUGGGUGGUGGUGCACCUGUUAAAAUGAGAAUGAUGUGUUCAAUGGCAUCACCUGCAUCAUUUAAAGGCCUUUUAUUUAUUAUCCAAAUAUAUUAUGGAUAGAUUUCUGACUAUUGGGAUAAAUAGAAAAUAUUCAAACAUUGUGAAUAUCUUGAUAGUCUUCAUGAUAAUAAUGGAAUUUGUAGACAUUCUGUUAUAUAAUUAGAACCAACAGCUCUGAACCUAGAAGUUUCUUUAUGAUUUCCAUUUCUAGAAAAUGAGAUCUUAAAAACAUUUUAAUUUUGAAUUACUAACUAACGUAUCACUUCUCAUAACUGCAUUUGCAAUGUGUAUACCACUGUCCUCAGCAGACAAAAAAUUGGUUUGGGGGAAUAAAUAGUAUUUUCCUGUUUUUAUUUUAAAACACAAUUACAUAUGCAACAUAUAAAUAUAAAUCCAACAUAUAUACAGUAUGUCUGUGGUAUCAAAAUUUCAUGAGUUAGGAAAUCAAGAUAAAACACCUAAGAAGAUGUUUUCCAGUGUUCUUUUUUGAUAACAAAUAAACAUUGAUUCUAUAUUGAUUGCUUGACUAUAUGUCUGUACUAUGUCAGACACUGUUAUAAACCACCAAGGAACUACAAAUACGAGAAGGAAGAAAGGAAUAAGAAUGUACGUGUGAAGGAAGGAAUUAAGGAAAGAAGGGAGAAGGGAGGACAUCAAUAAUUUUUAACAUUAUGAUAAAAUUUAUUUAAAUUUUGUAUAUUUAAAAAAAUUAAGCACAUGUCUUAAAAAUCAAUAGACUACCAUAUAUACUACCCCCCUCAUUUUCUGGUAUUAAUGUUUAAGCUCUGAAAUUGUCACUACUGGUUGAUUGUGUACAAAAUUACUUUGAUCCACUUGACUCUUUCCAUUCCUCCCAAAUAUACUAAUAUAUAUUAUAUAUAUAAUAUAUAUAUAUAUAUAUAUAUAGAGAGAGAGAGAGAGAGUUGAGUGGUAAUAGAAUUGAUUCUUCCGAUCUUAUACAAUUCACAGAUGCUAAAGUAGGACACAGGACCAUGAAUUAUGAUAAAUAUUCCACAGUGUAAAAGGAAAUUAGCUGGUUUGCCAAAGGCAAGCACAUACUGGCUUCUCUUGAACCCUUCAGGAGAAGAUAGUUACUUUGACUUAGGAUGGUGCUCUUUAUAGUAUUAGGUCACCUUGUCUUCAAAAUGUUACUGUUACUUAUUUACUGUCGUGCUUUUCUAAGGAUAUAUUUCUAUAUUUAUGUAUUUAUUCAACAAGUAUUUAUUCAUGAUCCCUCUGUGUGCUGAACUUCAGAAAUACUUUGUUAAACCAAAUCAAAUCAUAUUUUCUUAAGGGUGUAAGGGGAGCACAACAAAACUGAGGCAAAAAAGAAAAGAGUAGCUUUCCCAUAUUCACAAUGCCCACAUGUAAGUGAUGGAAUCAGUAAUAAAACCCAAUCAGCCAGAUUUUCAAAAUAAUACUCUUUAAAUUCAUUACUUUCACAUUACCUAUUGAUGGGAAUUCUCUGUCUAGGAGGGCAAGUAAAUUUCUUGUGAUCAGAGAGAUUUAACAUGCCUUAAAUAUAUAUCAUUUUAUUCUAAGACAUGGGAUAGUGCUUUUAAGAAGCUACUAUUUUCAUAAAUUAUCAUCAUUCAAUUAAAAAAUAAUCUUACCUUUUAAGAAUUAACAGUUGAAGAAUUAAAUUGUGAUCUAUAUAUAUAUGUACACACACACAUACACACACAUACACACACACACACACACACACACAUAUAUAUAAAUUCCUAUCACAGAGGAUGUCAGACACUGUCCACAAAUGUGGUAUGUUAGUUGUAUAAUAGCCAAGAAGUGGACUAAAAGAAACUUACAUAUCACUGUUUAACCAAUUUUUGCUAAAUGUACUUAUUUAACAAAUAUAUAAUCAAAACAAAUCAAAUUUAAGCGAAAAAUCAAAAUAGAAAUCCUGUUAAUUUUAUAUCCUAUC